AGGACGGGGGGGGGGACACAGGAUGCAGGCGGAAUGCGGAACCUGGGGAAUUCAGGAGGAAGCUGUGGGAUUUAGGGGGGUUUGGGAGGGGGAGGCCGGGCUUGGGGCCCCGUGGUGUCCGUUGGGUUCCUCACCGCGCGCCAGGCUGGUGUCGGAGCUGACGAGCUUCAUCCGGAUUCGGGCCGGCGACGGGGGGCAGGCGGGCGAGGCGGAGGACAGGGAGUUCAUGCGCUUCUUCCCCGACUUCGUCUGGGCCGUGCGCGACUUCACGCUGAAGCUGGAGGCCGACGGCCACCCCAUCACCGAGGACGAGUACCUGGAGCGGGCGCUGGCCCUGAAGCAGGGCUACGGGCGGCAGGUGGUGGAGUACAACACCACGCGGCAGUGCAUCCGCAGCUACUUCCCCACGCGCAAGUGCUUCGUCUUCCCGCCGCCCGUGGGCGCGGAGCACCAGGGCCAGCCCGAGGAGCUGCCCGAGGAGGCGCUGCAGCCCGGCUUCCUGGUGCAGGUGGAGCGCUUCUGCCAGCACGUGCUGGCCUCCUCCCGGCCCAAGCAGCUGCAGGACGGCGCGGAGCUCAGCGGCCGCACGUUCAGCACGGUGGUGCAGAGCUACCUGGAGACCAUCGGCAGCGGGCACGUGCCCUGCCUGGAGGGGGCGGUGGCGGCGGUGGCGGCGAGCGAGAACGCGGUGGCGGUGGCGGAGGCGCUGGCCGAGUACCGCGACGGCAUGCGGAAGGUGUCGCUGCCGGCCGAGCAGCACCAGCUGUCGGAGGAGCACAACCGCUGGCUGCAGCAGGCGCUGGCCGUCUUCCACCACCGCGCCUUCCGUGACAUCGACCAGCGGCACCAGCUCAAGCUGAUGGAGAACCUCCAGGCCGAGUACGGGUCGCUGCUGCAGCAGAACGAGGAGGCGUCGCGCACGCGCUGCCAGGAGCUGCUGGCCAAGCUGGCCCAGCCCCUCGACGCCAACUUGGCCCAGGGUGCCUACGCCCAGCCCGGCGGCUACCACGCUUACCAGGCCGACCGGCAGCACCUGGUGGACGCCUACCGGGAGGCCCUGAGCAAGGGCACCAAGGCCGAGGAGAUGCUGGACAAGUUCCUGGAGGGGCGCAAGGCGGAGGCCGAGGCGGUGCUGAAGGCAGACAAGGCGCUGACCGAGGUCGAGAAGCACCUGGCAGACCAAAAGCAGCAGGCGGAGCUGCUCGAGCAGGCACAGAAGGCGGCGGAGGAGCGCAACAAGCAGCUGGAGGUGCUGCUGGCCGACCAGGAGCGCAGUUACCAGGAGAGCAUGAAGAUGCUGGAGGCCAAGCUGCAGGAGGAGGCGCUGAAAACGCAGGAGGACAUCAAGCGGGCCAUGGAGGCCAAGCUGCAGGAGCAGGAGCGGCUGCUGAAGCAGGGCUUCAGCGAGCGGGCCAAGCUGCUGGAGGACGAGCUGGCCAGCCUGCGGCAGUCGCUCAAAACCCAAGACAUGGUGGGACACAUCUGCAAGACCCUGCAGGCGGCCCUGCAGACCGCGUGCGAGGUGGUCACCCUGAUCAACAACCACAAGGCCCUCAAGUAGGCGGCGUGCCGGGGCGCUGCCGCCGCCGGGGAGCCGAAGGGGGCCGCGGGGCAGCGAUGCUUGUGCUUCGUGCCUGGCCGCAGCGGCUGCCAUUCCUGUGCCAAAUAAAGCAGCUUUCGCACA